AUGCGAAUAUUGUGCGUCGCUGAGAAGCCGUCGCAAGCAAAAGCCGUCGUCCAAAUACUCGGCAACGGACAGACCCGAUCGCGCAGCGGAAAGAGUAAAUACAACCUAAACUAUGACUUUCAAUACCGCGUAAACGGAACAUUUGUGCAAGCAACAAUGACGUCCGUGUCAGGCCACGUCAUGAGCACUGACUUUCCUGAAUCAAUGCGGCGAUGGAAAGCCUGCGACCCAGUGGCCCUGUUCUCCGCGCCCAUUGUAAAGGGAGUUGAUGAUAAAACCAAGGACACAGCGUCCAAUAUUAAGCAGGAGGCGCGCACAGCAACGCACCUGUAUAUCUGGACCGAUUGCGAUCGCGAAGGCGAAGCCAUUGGCGGCGACAUUGCCGAGCUCUGCAGAGAGGCCAAUAGCCGGAUAAUAGUGCGGAGAGCGCAUUUUUCAUCAGUUUUGGCGCAGGAGAUCCACCACGCUAUGCAGAAUACGCGUGAGCUGGAUAUGCGCCUCGUGGAUGCCGUAAGGGCGCGGUCCGAGGUCGAUCUGCGCGUGGGAUCGGCUCUGACCCGGUUCCAGACCCUACGCCUGCAGUCGCGGUUUCGUGCUGUCGAAGGCAUGACCGUGAGCUACGGCCCGUGUCAGUUCCCGACCCUGGGCUUUGUCGUUGACCAGUUCCUUCGCGUCGAAAAUUUUGUCCAAGAGCCAUUUUGGUUUAUCUUUAUGCAGGACGUGAGGGCUGACGACUCGGCAACGUUCGCAUGGAAGCGGAAUCGCUUGUUUGACCAGGAAACUUGCUUGGCGCUGUACGCUCAGUGCUUGCGUGGCGAGAAAGCAAGGGUGGACGCCAUCAGGUCGCGUGAAAAGCAGAAAUGGCGGCCAUUGCCGCUGACCACAGUUGAGUUACAAAAGUGCUGUGCGCGGUAUUUGCGCAUAGCGCCGGACGUGGCAAUGUCGGUGGCCGAGGGCCUAUACAACCAGGGGUUUCUCAGCUACCCGCGCACAGAGACGGACCAGUUUGAUGAUAACAUGGAUCUGCGCAGCAUUGUCACCAAUAUGGUGCGGCUGCCUGAUCUGGGUGGGUUCGCACAGCGCUUGGUCGACGGCGGCUUCCAGCGGCCGCGCAAGGGUCGUAACAACGACAAGGCGCAUCCGCCGAUCCAUCCAGUGGCGGCUGCGACCGGGCUGCAGGGCGACGCAAAGCGUGUGUACGAGUUUGUCACCCGGCGGUUCCUUGCAUGCUGCUCGGACAACGCCAAGGGCCAGGCCACUGAGAUCGACGUCAGCAUGGGCGGCGAGCUCUUCUCGACCAGCGGCCUGAUGAUUACUGCGCGCAAUUACCUGGACAUCUACCCGUACGAGCGCUGGUCUGAAUCGACCGUGCCUCUGUAUCGUGCCGGCGAGCUAUUCGGGCCCAGCAUUCUGGAGCAGCGCAGCGGCAUGACCACUGCGCCAAAGCUGUUGCGCUACAGCGAUCUUAUCGAGGCCAUGGACAAGAACGGGAUUGGCACCGACGCCACGCACGCCGACCAUAUUAAGAAAAUCAUCGACCGCGAGUACAUUUUCAAGGCCGCCGAUGACUCGCUGGCGCCAUCAUCCCUGGGAGUCGGGCUCAAGGAGGGCUACGACGCCAUUGGUCUUGAGCUCUCCCUGUGCAAACCGCAUCUGCGCCGCGAAAUGGAGCGCGACCUGCGCCUGAUCAGCGAGGGCGUCAAGACCAAGGAUGGCGUUCUGCGCGAGAGCCUCGACUUGUACAAGGCAGUUUACAAAAAGGCUGUGCUUGAGCCGCAAACCUUUGUACAGAUGGCAUCUGACAUGCAUAGUCGAUCUGCGGGUGGAGCGACGAGGAGUGCGAGAGGGCGCAGAAGUCGGGGUGCGAACUCGGGAAGAUCGAGGGCGCGUGGGGGGAGAAGUGCGCGAGGUCGUGGCGGUCGGGCCAGCGUUGUUGAAAAUGAUGCGUUCAUGAAUCCAGAUCCAGAUCCAGACUUUGAAUUCUGGACGUAA